AUGUUGCUGUCAACUGAGGACUUGCUGAAGACAUCCAGGAUGCACCCGGAGAUCAAAGAGCUGGCCGGAGAUGCGGAACCUACGCUCAUCGAAGAGGAGCGUCAGAUACGCAUGCGUGACGGCUAUCUUAGCACGAUCAAGAUUCACAGACCUGCUUUCAUACCAGCAGCAGGCAGUCCGCUGGUCGUGCUGUAUUUCGGCGGCGGUUGGGUGUCUGGCUCUCGCCACCAACUGACACCGACUGCGAGGGCAUUCGUGAGGCUGUUUGGUGCCGUUGUGACAACCGUCGACUACCGGCUCGCACCGGAGAGUCCGUUUCCCACCGCCCAAGAAGACUGCUGGGACAGCACCAAGUGGAUUGCCAUGCAUGCCCGGGAACUGCACGCCGAUCCCAGCAAAGGGUUUGUCGUUGGUGGGAUCUCGGCUGGUGGCUGUAGUGCGCUCGUAGUGGCGAACCUAGCGCAAACUGAACGGCUCGGGCCAAAGAUAACAGGGAUGUGGAUCAGCGCCGCACCGAUCAUGGAGCAGGAGCAUGUACCGGAGGAGUUCCAGGCGCACUUUAUCUCUCGAGAGCACAAUCGACGUGCGCCGAUCAUUACGACGGAAGGCUUGGAGGCUAUGCAACAGAAAGGAAUUUGGGACCUGCGGUCGCCUAUGCGCUGCCCUAUUCUGUUUCAAGACCGUGUCCCGCUGUCAAGCCUGCCACCUGCAUACUUUCAGGUCUGCGGACUAGACCCGCUCAGAGACGAUGGCUUGAUCUACGAGGAUAUGUUGAAGCGGGCUGGCGUCGACACGAUGCUCAGCUUUUAUCCUGGUUGCCCGCACGCGCAUUUUGCGUUCUUCCCAGGCUUGGCGGUCAGCAUAGAGGCGGUGGCAGAUAUCGCGAUUGGAGUGGGUUGGCUGCUAGGAACGAAGAUUGCGGCGGCGGAUGGGUUGCGUGCACUUGCGCUACCUUCGUAG